AUGAGAGGUAAGCAAUAGGCUCAAGCACCUGUAACUCAAAAGUAAUAACCCUAAAAAUAAGGAAAUGUACGCAAACCACAGGAAAGACCUGGAUUGACUGAUGACGAGAUUGAUGAAAUAAGAGAAGCAUUCAAUUUGUUUGAUACAGAAGGCACAGGAAGAGUGGAUCCAAGAGAAUUGAAAGCAGCUAUGCAAAGUUUGGGAUUUGAUUAAAAAAACCCAACUAUUUUCAAUAUGAUCGCUGAGUUGGAGAAUGAAGGACAUAGAACUGACAUUGAUUUUGACUAAUUUUUGGAUGCCAUCACAUCAAAAUUGGGAAACAGAGAAAAUAGGGAUGGGAUAAAUAAAAUAUUUGAUUUGUUUGAUGAUGAUGGAAGCAAUUCCAUUAAUUUGAAUAACUUGAAGAGAGUUUCUAAAGAAUUGGGUGAGACAAUGACAGCAGAAGAGUUAGCAGAGAUGCUAGAGAGAGCAGCUUCAAAUGGAAGGGAGAUCACUAGAGAAGAUUUCUAUAAUAUCAUGGUUAAAAGAACAUUUUGA